AUGGACGUCAAAGUAACAAAAGAGAAAUUGGGUGCUGCGGUCAUGAAGGCGAAGGAGAGGCAGAGAAAGAGAAGAGAGGAAGAGGCGAAGAAAAGAAGGGAAGAGAGGAGUGUCAUGUUUAAAAAGAUGGAAGAGAUAGAGGUGUUAGAGGAGGAUAUAGAGGAAGAGGUGAAGGGGAGAAGAGAGAGGAGGAGAGAUGAUUUAGAGGAGGAGGAUGAUGAGGAUUGGGCAGUAGGCUAUGGGCGUGAUAGAGAGGAGGUACCAGAGAGGGUGAAGGAGAGAAGGGCUAGAAUAAAAGGGUUGGUAGAGUUUAGAGUGGCUGAAAGAGAAGAAGAAGAGGAAGAAGAUGAAGACACCUAUUGCUGUGUUUACGGGUGUGUAAUUGUUUAA